AUACUGGAGUUAUGAGGGUGGGACCUGCAACCUUGGCUGGGGGGAUAUUUGGGGUAGUGGGGACAUUGUGUUUCUUCAUUGCCUUCACUACGGACUACUGGCUGGUGGCCAGUGACAACUGUGGACCGUAUACAUGGCCGACACAAACAAGACUGACAACAGAUGCCAAUGGGACUGAGAUCGAGAUAGUGGAGGCAGUCACUGUUUCUCCUCCACCUCUCACUCUGCACCACGAGGGCUUCUUCUGGCGGUGUGUGUUUCAGGUGGAGCCCUUGGCGAGCGCACACCUGGCCAUUCUCUUCACCAACCAGCCAGAAUCCAAGGUGUGUAUCCAUGGUUACCUCUUUCCCCUGCCUGUUGCAGUUGGACAGGUGCCUCAUCCAAGUUAUGAUGCGACAGCAGUGUUUCGGGGUUUCUGGACCUUGCUGAUAAUCUUUGGCCUGGUCGCUGCUCUAACUGGAGGCUUCCUGUUGGUCUGCGGCGUCCCCUUCUUCAGCCACAAACUCUACAAAGUGGGCGGUGCCUUCCUCAUCGCUGCUGCCCUCUUGUUCCUGCUCCUGCUGCUGCUCUACGUGCUGUGGAUGGAGGUGAUGGACGUGAAGCGCUACGUCCUGCAGGAGAGGGGGGAGACGUGUCCCGAUGCUCAGGUGUCUGUGCUCUACGGCCUGUCGUUCAUGGUGGCUGCCGCCGGCGUUCCUCUGGUGCUCGUCUCUGGGAUGGUCUUCAUGCUGGUGGGCCGUGCGCUGAGAGGCAGCAAGUGAGCCUGCCAUCUGGCCUGCAGCGGAAGAAAGGACUGACCUUUUUAUCUGGUGCACUGGGACACAGCAGCACUGUCAUGGGAUGUUAAACUGGCUGGAAACACGUGAUCAAUAUUGCAGUACAGUAGCACCCUUUGGAUGUCAAAACAGUCAGAGACACGACUUUUCUGUUUUCUAUAACUUACUUUGCUUUAUUUAUAUGAGAAAAAUAUUAAUUUCUAAGAACAUUAAUUUCACAACAAGUCAGUGUUAGAGGGUUAUUCAGAUUAGCUGAAAAAUGUAAAGCAACUGUUCUCAACUUUAAAUCUUGCCUCAUCCUAUAACAGUAAUGCAAAGUUGUUACAAUAUGAUUAACCAAUCGUCAACUGGGUCCACAGUCUAAACUAAGAAAAGUCAGCUACCUACUUACUAACAGCAGGGCAGGAAUACCACAAACUCAACCAAACUGCUAUCAGGGUUAGGGUUAAGCUGCAUUCACUUGAUAAGCUGUAAAACGGCUCUGCGCUGAUGCUGCUGUUGUGUUUUUAUGGUGCUCUGACCCCAUUUACCACUGACCUUUCGCCACGCAGCCAAACAGAUGACAGCUGAAUAAAGCGACACAAGCGAGCAGGGUUAGUAACCGUAGAAACAAAAGUUAACCAGCUGUCAUCAACCCCAACCUCGCGGUGAGCAAAAAACAAAUCGCGUUUCACGUGACUGCAGCUUUAGGGUUAGCCUGCCACAUAGAAAAACAUGUAUUAGUGCCAUUUGGAAUGUUUUUAGCAUGGUUUGUUCGUUAAAAAACUGUUAGAUGUCACUUGAUAGUUCGAGGUUUCACUUGUUUAAUGCUUUUCAACUCACUUUCUUUGCCGCCAAACAUUUUAGCUUGAAUGGGUGCUUUGGGUGGUGAUAAAGGUCGCUCACCAAGAGUUUUAGCUAUUUUUGUAUUUUUGUUUCACUGAUAAGCCCUCUGGCAACUCAACUUGUUUUUUCUCUAAUAUUGAACUCAGUGAAGACUACACUCUUCUGUAACUCACUAUUAUUUCUCAUGGAACAAGUGUUAUAACAAGACAGGACGGACCAUUGGUAGUCAGUUAGCAGUAGAUAUCUCUUCAACACAAUACAUUGACUUAUUGGACAUAACGUCAAAACUGUUACUUCUUCACAUUCUGUUUUCUUUUUCACUGUUUUUAAGUGAAAUUCUGGACAUUUCUUGGACAUUGUACCUUUAAGGAGCAAUAUAAUAAUGUAACAACAUUGUGUUGUAUACAUAUAUUCCUUCCACCGCUGUCAUUGUACAGAUGGAUGUUUUUUUCAUUAUUGCUGCAAAUGUCCAAACAGCUGAAGGUGAGAAAUGUAUGGCUGAACCAGCUGUGUCUCCUGUCCUGAUUUU